UAUCGGUCAGUGCAGGUGACAUGAUGAGCUCCACCUUCUCUCCAUCAUCUUACCUGAGCUUCAGUGUGUCUCCCUCUGCUGCUCACCAUGAGGACCACAGUGUCUCCCAGCACCCUCUGUCCGGCUCCGUCCCCUUCCUCCUCUACCCCUCCAGCAUGGACCCUCUACGGGGCCCCGGCCCCUCGCUCCUGCCCUACCUGGCCCCCUUCCACCACCACGGACACUUCAGCGUCUACGAGUGUCCCUUUGAGCCGGCGUUCAUCCAGAAGCGUAACGAGCGAGAGCGGCAGAGGGUGAGGUGCGUGAACCAGGGCUAUGCCAAACUGAGAGACCACCUGCCGGGUCAGAGCGCCGACAAGCGACUCAGCAAGGUGGAGACUCUGAGAGCCGCCAUCAGGUACAUCAAAUACCUGCAGGGCCUGGUAGAGCUGGAGGAUGGCAGACCCAACAUCUCGUCCCCUGGACCGGACUGUGGACGAGAGUCUGACGGAGAACUGAGAACACCACCUUCAACUUCCUGUUUGACUUAAAACGAUGAAGAACCACGUGACAACAGUGAACACUCCAGUCUCAGUAGUGUCUCAAUAGAAGGACAAUUAGCUAUUACAAUAAUAGUCAUGGGUGCAUUAGAGAACAGUUGUGUUU